UUAAGGUUCAUAACAGGAUCAUUAGUGCUUGUUGUUUGAUUCAUAAUUUCAUUCGUAGAGAGAUGGAAGUGGAUCCCUUAGACAUUGAUGUAGAAGAACAAAUGGAGUAUCAACACGAGAAUAUUGAUGUUGUUGAAUCGUCGGAGGAGUGGACCACUUGGAGGGAUGAGUUGGCCCAAUCAAUGUGCAAUGCAAGAUUUUAAAAUUGACAUAUUGCUUUUGAAAUAUGUUGCUACUUGUUAGCUAUAGAACCUUUUUGGACUUUAUUUGCUCUUUAGAACUGGCCUAAUAUAAAUUGUUGAACUGCCAAAAAGUUCUGUUUUUUGUGACCUUAAUUGCACGCCCUUAUGUACUCUUGACGUCUCUUUUGUUGUAUAUAUGCUUUAGUUUAUAGUAAAUCUUAUGAUAUUUGGUUCUUCCUGAUUUUUUUAAAUAAUUUACCGCAUAAGUUCUUACAGGCAUAAUGAAUAGUCAAAUAUCAUCAAAUAAGAGAUCAAAAAAAUCAAGCAACACAACACCUUCAACACGAAGGACAUGGAUUCCAGAAGAAGAACAAACUCUUUUAAAAGGACUUAAAGAGUUGUGUGCUAAUGGUUGGAGAGGUGAUAAUGGUACCUUUCGACCAGGACACUUGAUGGAGUUAGAACGUUAUAUACACAAACAUCAUCCUAGAAGUGGAUUGAAAGGUGAACCACACAUCAAAAAUAAAAUCAGAUACUGGAAAAGAUGCUAUGGAAGUAUAACUUUAUUGAAGACUCGAAGUGGAUUGGGAUUUCAAUAUAGUGAUGGAACUAUAAUAGUUGACGAUUCAAAACAUUGGAUUGACUUUAUAAAGAUUGAUCCACAAGCCAGGAAAAUGAAUGCUAAGAAAUGGCCAAUGUUUGAGGAUUGGGAAGAAAUCUUUGGCAAGGAUAGAGCAACAGGAGAGUUCGCUGAAGAGCCCCUAGAUGCUACUGAAGAAAUUCAAAAGAGUCAAGCUCCACAACAUUCUAAUGACAUGAGUUUGGGAUUUCCUAUCGAUGUUGAUCUUGAUGAUGAUGAAGAAGAAGAACAAAAUGUGUACCAUAGCUCUAAAGUUGGUACUGAAGAAGCUGAAAAUGUCACUGGACAAGGUGGAUUUGCUACAGCUGAAGAUUUCACGGAACCUAGUUCAUUUACUAGAGCUGAAAAUGUCACUGGACCUAGCGUAUUUAAUGAAGGAGAAAAUGUUGCUGGUUCUGAAAAUGAACAUGUUGGAUCCCGAAAAAGUCAUAAACAAGGUGAGUAUUCAAAAAGAUCAUCUUCUAAUGUUAACGAGAAAGAGAAAAGCAAGAAAAGGAAAAAAAUAGUAGAGGAUGAUAGUGAGACAUUUCUUAAGGGUAUGAUGGAAGUUAUGAAAAACUUUACUGAAAGUCAAGAUUCUUUGAUUGAAAAGAUGGGGGAUCGUGAUCGAUCUGAUGUUCGUGGUCAAGUUUAUUCUAUUCUUUAAUCCCCUGUAUUUGAGUUGUGCACCACAGGGAAACGUAUAAAAGCUGCAAUGAUUCUCUGUAAUGAUGACAAAAAGAUGGAAUUAUUUUUACGUAUGGGUGAACAUGAUCGUCAGACAAUGAUGUGGAUGGUUGUCCAUGAUAAACUUUGAAGUAUUGUGAACUUG